GAAGUGCCACCGUAAUGGAAGAGAUGGAUACGGAGGACCAGGAACCUCUUCACCAAGUCAACGCCACCUCGUGUUGUGCCAAAAGUUUCACUCUUAUGUAUUCAUCGUGGUUGUCCUCGCAUCUUCGUAUCUGUGCGUUUGUUGCUGGUGCCUUCCUAUUAUCAUCCCUCACCGUUUCACUGUGCUUUUCAGAGCUGCCAGAGUUUGACGAUCCAGCAAAAGAGUUUAUCACUAUAGGAACGCCUAUGGCCGCCAGGCUUUACCAGCUUAAAGCACUGCAGUACAAUACCAUCUCAGUUCCGUCCAUGCAUCAAAAUAUUGCCCGAACCCCAAGGUCGAUUCCUGCUGUGGAGGAGAUUCGCUUCUGUUUCGAGUUACCAGACCAACAGAGCGAUCAACUGUGGACUCGGUUUGCAUCGAUGGGCAAAAUGGUGAUCACCUUGCACGACAUCGACACCAACCAGACAUUCCCGACUGUCCCAGGUGCGGUGCAGAGUCUGUGCCACCUGCAGCGUCGCAUUGAACAACUUCCAGGCUACGCGCGAUUGUGCUCCAAAGCGAGUCUGUUUGACCCGCAUUCACACUGCUGCCCGGUGUGGUCGCUGCCCAAUUUCGUCGCUUCCAUUGUCCGGAAGACGUCCUGUGAAACGGUCACCUCGGCGGACGUUGCGCGCGUGCACAGCCUCGUCCAGGUGUGCAGGGCCUUCUUCCUCUCUGGCGAAUUGAAGCGCUCGUGUUGGGAUGCCGCUUCGCCUUCACACUGGCUGUGCCCGGGCGUUCCGCGCGAGUGCUUCGCCCAUCCGCACCUCCUCCUGCUCUUGGCAAUCGCUGGACCCCUCGACACGGGCACCUCCGCGUGGAAUUCUACGCUGUUUGUGCUGCCCGUGUGGCCACAAGUGGGCUUGGCGUUGUGGCGGGACGCCUCUCUCGACAAUCCGCAAACUCUCUCCAAACUUACCGAAAAUCUGACUGUCCCGCUUACUAUUGAGGCGAUCGAUUUAGGCGUGUACAAUGACCUCUCACGGUACUACCUCCUGUCAGACUCAGUGUGGCUGGCGCUCGGUGCCGGCUGUCUGGCUGUUCUCUUGCUCAUUAUGACCGAUGGCUGUGUCAGCAUCGUUGCUGUCACCUUUCUGGCCAUCGCCUGGUCCCUAGUCGUGGCUUACGCCCUCUACACUCGGGUCUUUAAGAUCCCCUCCUUCCCUCUGAUCAACAUGAUGUCGAUAGUUCUACUCUUGGGACUUGGAGCCGAUGACAUACUCGUCUUCUUCAAGCUGAAACAACGAUUUACGAAUGCCAUGAGCUUUCUCCUAGGUCUAUUCACCAGUGAUGACUCUCAGAUGUGUUGGUUUCUGCACUUGACUCGUAGAACGCUAGGUCAACUUCAGCACAACCUUAAACCGUCCAUUUGGCAGCGUGUUUGGAAGUCCGUCCAACCAGUUCCUGAUGAUGUCAAAUCUCUAACGGACAAGAGCGUCCGGCUGGCUACAACCCUGAAUCACGCCGUGCCCUCAGUGUGCCUAACCAGUCUCUCAACUCUUGGCGGUCUCUUGAUCAGUCUUAACUCGGACAUAGUGGCCGUUAAGCGCUUCUCAGCGUUCGCCAGCUUAACCGUCACCUGUCACAUGCUCUAUGUGUUUGUCACCGUGCCAGUCGCCCUCCUCCUCUUCAUCCCUCCAACUCGCAGAACCUGUCUGCGCGCACCGCAGAAACGCGUUUCUUUGGCGGCACUCAUAGUUAGAGUACGAUUUAUCUUCCCAUUUUUGACACUCGCGGUGAUCGGUGUAUCCAUCUACUUUCUUUUCUUUGCUGGCCGACUUACAUUCCCUGCGGGUUCUCUGCAGCCGGCGUUUUACAAGGAAACGCACCCAACAGAAGUGUAUAAGAGGAGGGGAAAUGAGUUCUCGUGGGCGGAGAACACGUUGCGGCGCUACCAAGGUCUAGUCACGGUUCACAUGGUCUGGGGGGUCACUGAACGAGACCCGAGAAGUCACUGGACGUGGGUGCCGCAGGAGGACACUUUACAGCACAUUGCGUGGGACAGCGACUUCGAUAUACUCUCUCCGGAAGCACAGUCUUGGUUGCGGACAUUCUGCACGGAACUCACGAAGAUGCCGCGUUCAUUUGUCGCACCGCAGAUCCCCGUGCGUCGGAGCUACCUGGAAGCUUCCAGUCUGCUCCCCGUGUCCAGCAGCUCCCGGUGUCCGUUCGGAAGGGACGUAUUCUCUAUCGGUGAUUACAUGGCGUCGAUCGAUUGCUCAUCCGUGCACACAUCACCCUGCUGCUCAAACGACACUGCAGCCUGCCUGGCUGCCUAUGCUCUUAAGUCGCGUUUUCCCACGGGCCUGCGGUUCUCACCACACUCGAGUAAAGUGGUAGGCCUGCUCAUAUCUGCAGUCGCCAAUGUCUCACUCAGCAACGCGACCUACUCUGAGAUGCUGACGUACACCCAGGAACUGCAGUCGUGGUUCUCGUCUAUUCUCUCCACUGCACCUCGUGGUCUGUCGCGCGGAUUUGUUGUAAGCCAGGAGCUAGCGGCCUUCGACACGUACCAGGACCUCCUCAAAUUCCUGCCCCUUUCUAUCGCACUGUCCGUGACCCUAGCCGCCUCCCUGGUCUAUUUGUCUACUCUUAAUCUGCCCCUCGCAUUUACAUCACUGGUGUCAGUGAUGGCUUCGCUGCUUCUCUGUUGCUUGUUUCUGGUUGCAUUUGAUGAGUGGACCCUAGGAAUAGUUGAAGUCCUUAUCCUCAGUUUGUCCGCUGGCUUGGCCGUCGACCCCUGCAUACACCUGGCCUUCGCCAUCGUUCGAUCGACCCAGGCAACCCUAGAAUGGUCUCAGCGCUGUCGAACUGCCCUGGAAACCGUUGGCUGCGCCGUCACCGGGGCCGCACUCAGCACUGCGAUAGCUGGUUCUGCUGUGAUACCAAGCAGUUUAAAGUGCUAUCAUCAGAUGGGUGUGUUUCUACUCAUUCUGAUGACAUCGUCACUGGCGUUUUGCGGAGCUGCCUUCGUCGGCUGUGUAGCGUGUUUCCCGAACAAGUGCGCCUCCCCCUGUCGCAGUAGCCGUCGAGAGAAUUUCUCGUAA